AUUGGUAUGAGAGGAAGGAGAGGGAGGCAGCUGCCGCUCGCAGCACGCGUCUCUGCCUUCACAAACUGAGCUGCGCACACCAGGGGAAAAGUUGGAGGCAACACAGCCACCGAGGGCUCCCACCUGCUCAGGGGCUGUGGGAAAGCAGCACCUUUCCCAGGUUGUCCUUGGGAGGUGGCAAACUUCUGUCCCUGCUGACCACUGUCACCAGCCAAAUAUGCAAAGCACGUGAGACCUCACAGGACCUGUCGCCAUGGUCACUCAGAGGAAAAGAGAAGGCAGGAGAGGAAAAGGGAACAGUUGAGACCCACCAGCAGCUGCCGUGGGGGAUCGGCUCCAGCACUGAGCUCCCAGGUGAAGCCAAGGGGCACAAGCAAGUUGCAGGGCCACAUCUUUCCCUAGACCGUGUCAUUCCUAGCAUACAAGGCUGAACACAUGAAGUGUCUCUGCAAUGUUCUCCAAGGUCACUGUAGGCCCAAGGUUGCUUUGGAAAGGGCUCUAGGGCUGCCUGUUAGAGGCUCACUCCAAGUAGCUUUGGAGCCAGUGUGAGCAGGACUGCUCCAUCCAUGCGACUCCACUAUGGAUCCGUGUUACAACUAUACAAGCUCUCAAAAAAGGAUGGACUUCCCCCUGCAGCUGCUGGUCGGGUCCUGCCUCACCAUCCUCAUCGUGAUCACUCUGUGCGGUAACAUCAUCGUCUGCCUGGCCGUCACCCUUGACCGCCGGCUCCGCAGCUUGACAAACUGCUUCAUUGUCUCCUUGGCCAUCACUGACCUGCUGCUGGGCCUCCUGGUGCUGCCAUUCUCCGCCUUCUACGAACUCACCAAAGAGUGGCCCUUUGGCAGCACUUUGUGCAACAUCUACACCAGCCUGGAUGUCAUGCUGUGCACGGCUUCCAUCCUCAACCUCUUCAUGAUCAGCCUGGACCGCUACUUUGCUGUCACGACCCCACUCCGCUACAGCCAGCUGGUCACUCCCUCCAGGGUGACUGUGGGUUUGGUUGUUAUUUGGACCGUUUCACUGAUGGUCUCCUUCCUACCCAUCCACCUGGGCUGGAACACCAAUGGGACAGCGGUCCAAAACACAGUCCCUAACUGCAACAAGGAGUGCACGCUGGAGGUGAACCCUGUGUACGGGCUAGUGGAUGCUUUGCUCACCUUCUACAUCCCUUUGGUCCUCAUGUGCAUCACCUACUACCGGAUAUUCAAGAUAGCAAGGGAGCAAGCCAAGAGGAUAAACCACACGUGGUGCUGCAGCAGCAACACCCCCAUGCCACCCAUGGUGAAAGAGCACAAAGCCACCGUGACGCUGGCGGUGGUGUUGGGAGCGUUCAUCGUGUGCUGGUUCCCCUAUUUCACAGUGUUCACGUACCGGGGGAUGUGGGGGGACAGCAGGGUGAAAGGCACACCCAUGUCCAUUGUCCUCUGGCUGGGCUAUGCCAACUCAGCCCUGAACCCCAUCCUCUACGGGACGCUCAACAGAGAUUUCCGGGUGGCAUACCAGCACUUGCUGCACUGCUGGAGAACUGGGGGCCCCAGGAGCUCCCACCUGCCUCGCCUCCAGAAGGCCCAGUCCAGGGGCAGGAGGUGCAGGCAGGGCCAAGGCAGGCAGGAGGGCAAACCCCUGAAACUGGAGAUGAAGAAUGGGAAGGGGAUCUUGCUGACCGAUGGAGCACUCAAGAGCACUGGAGCUUUCCCAUGAGUCUCAGCCAGCCUGCUGCCCUAGGACCCAGGACUCCCAGCCUUCAACUCCUGGCUGCCCUCUUCCAAAAUCCUGUGAGGCUGAAAGGACAACACUCAAUUUUCCUCAGGGAGAAACUCAAUGGCAGAGGCGAGGGCUGCAGGGAUCCCUGCUCUGGCACACGGCAUUUGCUCCAUCCCCAAACACUGCUGGAGAGGCCUUUGCCUGCCCAAGUUUCUUCCCAGGAGGGUGGUGUGCUUGAAGAGCCCUUGGAGGAGCUGCAGAAGAGCCUCUCCCCUGCCCCGUCGGGGCCGUGACACCUCCAGCGUCGAGCCCUGCAUCAGCAGGCAGUGGUGCCUGAGGAGCUGGGUUGGGAGUCAGUGUGUGCCCCCAACAGGGCCGGGAUGGGGGUGCCCUCCCCAGGCCCACGGCACUGGGUCAGGCUUAGAGGGCACAGGGUGGGCAGAAAAGGGUCGAGGUCUUAGUGCCAGACAGGCCAGCCUAGGAUGGAGAAGGGGAGCACAGGCACUACACUCCCUGGUACCCUGUCCACGUAUCCACCCCUCGGAGGGGGCAGGGUCCUGAUAGAGGCAGGGGUGACAUGGCAGGAGGGCUAGACACAGCGGAUGUCAGCAGCCACGAGUGCCAGAUGUCCAUGCACAGGACACCCAGUUCAGCAUCCAUGCCAGGGCAAGACUACCUCCCACAUUGAGGCAGUUUUGAAAUCAUCGGGGCUGUCCCUGCUCUCCAUGUCUGCUUCACACCCGCUGUCCCAGCCCUGCUGCAAGGAGAGAAGCCCUGGAGACUGCUGGGCCAUGGGGAGAUGCUAAGCAGCUGGCGUUUGUUCCCAGGCUCUGCCUUCCCCAGCAUCUCAACACUAAGACUGCCGAAACAGGAUGUUUCUGCACUGAGCCUGUGCAGAAGUCAUCACUGGUAUAAAAAAAUCUAUUUAACACAGAGGGAAAGUGAGAAGAUUGAUUUAUUUGGGUGUGCUCUGUCCUGGGAAGAGCCUCCCUGUCCUAUA